AUGUCGGGGAGAGGGAAAGGAGGGAAGGGGCUGGGGAAGGGAGGCGCGAAGCGCCACCGGAAGGUGCUGAGGGACAACAUCCAGGGCAUCACAAAGCCGGCGAUCCGCCGCCUGGCCAGGCGCGGCGGCGUGAAGCGCAUCAGCGGGAUGAUCUACGAGGAGACGAGGGGCGUACUGAAGAUCCUCCUCGAGAACGUCAUCCGCGACGCCGUGACCUACACGGAGCACACCAGGCGCAAGACCGUCACCGCCAUGGACGUCGUCUACGCACUCAAGCGUCAGGGCCGCACGCUCUACGGCUUCGGCGGAUGA